AUGACUUCCCAUGUGGUGGUGAUAGACUCCACUGCCAGAAGAGCCGUUGUCAAAGUCACUGCUACCAAGCAUCUGAGCGAUGUCCUGGAAGAAGCUUGUAGCAAGCUGGGGACAUCGGCUAGCCAGUAUGGACUAAAGCACAACAACAAAAUCGUAGACCUCUCUCGGACUUUCCGCUUAUCCGGCCUCUCCUCUGGUGCAAAACUUGAGCUUGUCCAGUUAUCUCGCUCUGCCUCAGUCGUCUCAGUCGCAUUACAGCUGCCCGAACCGGAAGGCAACACCAGAUUGACAGACAAAUUCCCAAGUACCACGACCUUAUGGCUGGUAUUGCGCAAGUUCGAGGCAGGUGUUGCAGGCGAUGCAAGCACGAAGCGGAAUUUGACCGCUAGGGGAGCGCCAGUCACGGAUGAUGGUUCGUCUGGAGCAGGACGAUUAUACUAUCAGACACCGGUCCUACAAGUAAUGAGUCGAGAACUGUCUUCCUUUACCGACUUGCAAAAGACGUUAGCCCAGCUGGGCUUUAAUAGUGGGAGUAUGCUCAUAAGGUUAAAUUUUAAAACAUCAGAAACGCCAUUGGAGGAGGCUAUGGUCCAGAUUGCAGAGUAUUUCAAAUCCGUCAAUGAAGGAGAAGACAACAAGGAAGAGGGACAAGACAGAAGUGCUCCAGAAGCUCCAUCAGAAGCAAGAGACCUAAAUCCAGCUUCAAAUGAAGCAGAUGUACCAGCAAGCGAAGCACUGACGGAGACUUCUCCAUCAGAGACAACCCCCGCUACCUCAGAUCUAUCGACCUCUGUCCCUUCUGCACAAGGAGCACAACCAACAUCCACAGGCCGCCCAGUUCAAAUCUUCUCUCCCCCGACCUCCAACACGCCAUCCGCCGCCCUCGCGACCUACAAUCCGGCCGAUUACGUCCCCUCAAUUGAACAUGCAAAAGCCCACCAACGCCACCUCCAAGAAAAAUCGCGCAACGCCCGCCUCCCGUCCGAGGCCGAGCUAGCCGAGCAAGAAACCGCUGAAGCCGAGAAGCUCAAAGCCCUCAAAGACGUCGAGAUCAAGAUUCGCUUCCCUGAUCAAAGCUCUGCUGUAUCGACAUUUGGACAAGACGAUACAGGCGCGGGACUAUACACCUUUGUGCGAGAUGACUGUCUUGAUGAGAGAUGGAAAGGUGAAAAAUUCUUGCUAUCAUACUCGGCGAAUAAAGGGUGGGUUUUUGUCCCUGAUGAUCCGAAUAAGAGGUUGAUCCGGCAUUUGGGCCUGAAAGGGAGGGUGUUGGUGAACUUUAAAUGGGAUGAGAAUGGUGGAGCUAGCAUGGCUGCAUUAGCGACUAAGGAUGUCUUGAAGGGGGAGAGAAAGAAGGAAGCACAGGUUUUGAAGGCGCCGGAAAUACCGGCCACGGCUGUAGAAGGGGAUGAGGAGGGUGUGAAGGUGGAUCUGGGAAAGAAGGAAGAUGAGGGUGGUGAGAAGAAGAAAAAGGGUAUGCCGAAAUGGUUGAAGCUGCCUGGGAAGAAAUGA